GAGAGAGCGAAAAGGGGAGAGAGAGAGAGAGAGAUUAGGAGCGCGUGACGGCGCUGUCUCCUCGCGCAGCGGAGACCUGUUCGUCAGAAGUGACUGGCUAUUUCUUCAAGUCUGAGAAACCCGGAGACAAAGCCAUCAUGUGCAGGCGGGGACAGGCGAGUGUUCGCGUCUUCCGCACAAUAUUUGGACUGUCAAGAAGUCAACGGUCUGACAGUGCUGCGUUCUGACUGAUAUUACCAAAUUGACUGGCGACAAAUCACAGAGGAGCCUUUCUCCCGCUCUUUGCUCGUCCAUCUAUAAAAUACUCAGAAGCUCCUCCUGCUGACUUUUUAUCCCCUGUGGCUAUGGAGAACCUCAGUGAGCUCCAGAACCCCUUGUUGGACAAAAACAGUAAGCAUAUGGUCAACGGUUAUGGGGGGGACUUCCAUAAUAACCAGUACCAGGAAAACAUUAUGAAUUAUUUGGCUGGAGGAGGAGGCGGAGGUGGUGGUGGAGGUGGAGAAGGAGGAGGAGAAGGAGGAGGAGGAGGAGGUAAAGUAAAUAACAGCACUGUUGCGAGCAGCGGAGGUUACAACACCAACGGGAAGGUGAAAUCUCAGCAACUUUUGGACGCCACCUCGCUGCAUCUGGCCGUAGAGGCCUUCUACAGGCCCAACUUCAUCCUUUACAAGGAGGACAGCGGCAGCAUCAAGGCUAAGGAAUACAAAAGUGAGUGCUGCGAGACCACGUUCACCGAGAAGAAGGCCAAGGAGGCGUCCAUCAGCGUAGGGGCGGACACACCUGGCACAGAGGAUCCUCAGACGAAGCUGCUGGAGGACGGCGAAAACAUCAAGAUUCAGACGGUUUCCUACGAGGUAGAGGAGGAGGAGUAUGUGGAGUACGAGACAGACUGCUCCAGUGACAGCGAGAGUGAGGACAACUUCAUUGUCGUCCCUCCGCGAGAUCACCUCGGCCUGGCCAUCUUCUCCAUGCUCUGCUGCUUCUGGCCUCUGGGGAUUGCAGCCUUUUACUUCUCACAGGGGACCACCAAGGCGGUGAACAAAGGUGACUUCCCCCUGGCCAACAUCGCCUCCCGACGGGCUUUGUUCCUGGCUGCCCUCUCCAUCACUAUAGGCACUGGUGUGUAUGUGGGUGUGGUGGUAGCUCUCAUUGCCUACCUUUCUAAACCAGGACACAUAUAGCAGCCACAGCUUCCGCCCUCCACACACCUCCAGGGAGCCCAGGAGAAGCGCAACACCUCUGGGGAACAGCAUUACCCCUGCAGACUUCAAAGAAAGUUUUUCGGGGAUGUACAGUUUUACCCCGUCCUCCUCCUCCUCCUCUUCCUCCUCCACCUACCUGCCCUUUUUCCCCACUGGCCCUCCAUCCGCCAAGAUAAGCCACAAUGUCUGGAUAGAGGUCAAGAUGGAGGGUGAGAAGAGGAGGAUUGGGGAUAAUCUUAAGUUUUCUAGGGAGAGGGUUUGAGUAUCAGACGUAUGUUGGAGCCCAGUUUGCAUCCCACUUACUUAAGCCUCUGUUGGCUUUGUCCACUUUUGGCUGGUUUUUAUCUUUUAAGACCCCACAGAAACACUGAAGAGAAAUGACUAUACAAUAGCUCCUUGGACUUGAGUGACUAAUAGAAAAAUGGAGCCUGAGGACAGUUGAAACACACACAUCAUAAAUCCUAAACCAAGUUAUUGUUAUCGGAGCUGGUGAAAAGAUCGGAGCGUUUCUGUGGAGGACUGUCACGUGCCAACUCAUCAACUCCAAAUACUAGGACUCUGAUGAAAAAGUGGAGAACAAAAACACUUUCUCACUUUCUAAAAUCAAGACUAAGGAGGGUUCUCAGUUCUUGAGAAAAGGAGAAAAAUAGUAGUUUUGGGAACGGAGGCGAGAAGUGGGAUGGCAUGAGUUACAAGAAUCUCACUGGAGCCUGAGACCUGUAUUUUACCCCAAAGACAAUGCGCAUCCAUUAAAGAUGUGCCACGACAUCAAACAACAAGUUUGUGCCAGAUAUAGUUUGCCAACAUACAUGCGUUUGUCCUUUUAUGUUGUAACUGCUGUAUUCAGUCACCUUGAAUCACUCUGAGAAGGUAAGGCACCGACGGUGAGGUUGGCCAUAACGGGAGCUGAAAUGGUGUCCAAUACCGCGCGUGCGCCCAAACAAAAAAAAUAAUAAAGAAAUCACAGCAUCUGGUAACAGUGGACAGAGAAAUCAUGACGGUGUCACUGAGAGCUGGGCCUUACGUAUCCUGCAGGGCUGCACAUAUAAACAAAGAAUGUAGCUGUAAACACUUCCUUUUCUGCAUGUCUCUACCUAUGCCAGCACAAGACUGCUCCACACCACUGAGUAGAUUUAGAGCCUUUUUGUCGGAUCAUUCAAAAAAAAGACAAAAAAAGAAAGAAAGAAGCUUAAACUUUAAAUUGUUCUGUGACGAGGCUCGUUCUUUGUGCAAUACUUAAACCAACGUCUCUCUAUUUAGCCAUUUAAACAAAGAGCAUUUCAUGGAAAUAUAGCAUUGAGACAUUGUGAGUUUGUUUUUCGAGAGUUCAUCUUCAGCUGAAAAGAACAGGCGCACCAAGGCCACCGAUUAAGUUUAUAACGAAGGGCUUAUUAAUGAUUGAAACUUUGGUUUUAUUUUAUUUUCCCUUUAUUGUAUGUUACACACUUAACUUGAGGUGAGGUGACAUGACACAGUUGGUUUUCCCUGCACAGGUCGCGCAUUAGUCAUACCUGACAUUUAUGGUGCACAAUUAGUUCCCGGUAAUGGCUUCUUUUUUUCUGAGGGAAAUGUGUGUGUGUGUGUGUGUACUCUCUGGAGCUUAGACCUAAAAUAGCACAACAACAUUCAUUUCACUAAUAAGCCACUUUUGGCAUCACUGGUUUCUGUCAGACCCUACACGUAAACAAUCCAUUUAGGCAACCUCGACUCUUAAGAACAUUUUAAAACAAACAAUGGAAAGUCCGUUCUGUUGUGCUAAUGAAGACUGAAUGUUGAAGGUUCCUGUGUUUGCUUGGCUUUACUUGAACCUGCAGACAGAACUGGAAGUUACUGUGUGAAUGUUCGGGUCGUCUGAAAAAGUAAUUAACUGACCACUGAUUGGUUUGUUUGCAUGGAGCCCGAUGACUUCUGACCUCUUCUGAACAUGUGAUAAUUCAUGAGCAGCUGAUUCCAGGUCAGUGUAUGCACACACACACACACACACACACACACACACUGUAACUGUACUGAAGUGUUUGCUUUCAUUUCUUGGGGAAACGUUUCCUGCUGACAAUGAUGAACUUGUUUUGUGUUAUGUCGCGUGUCAUUAAGCUGAUGUGUUUUUAUCUGGCCUCUUUGGAAAACCUGGUGUUGUUCAGUGUGUUACGACGGUAUGUUGGUUUUCCUCCUCAUCCUCAUCUCAGUGAGCUGAUGUGUACACAACCACGCGACAAAGACGUUCUGCUGAAUUCAUUCCUCAACGCCAGAGUGACCGUGCUCUCUUUGUCUUGUGCUUUUGGGCCAAAUUCAAGAAGAUGACUUUGUUUUUUUUAAUAAUUAUUAUUAUUAUUAUUGUUAUUUAAUUUAUGUUUUGUUUUGUUUUUCUAUCUUGUGUGAAGGCAACAUGUACAUAAUGCAAAUAAAGACAUGUUCAAAUGUAAUGAAAAAUGAAAAAUAAAUGAGAAAGGAAGGACAGCCUUUCUAAAAA